AAUCCUAAAGUUAGAUACGGUGGCCACGAUUUGCCUAUUUAUUUAUAUAAAUAAAACGUUUUAAUUGAUUGCGUUUUAAUUAUAGAGCUGUAUUAAUUUUCUGACAAUAUGGCAGAAACAAUGAAACAAACUGUAGCAAGUAUACUAAAAAGUAUUGAAAGAUACAAUCCAGCAAAUCUUCAAACCUUGGAGCGAUAUGUAGAAAUGCAGUCUCGUGAAAACACUUAUGAUUUGGAAGCAAAUCUGGCUGUGUUGAAGUUGUACCAAUUCAAUCCAGAAAAGUUCAAUCCCGAUAUUACAUGCCAGAUUCUCUUAAAGGCUUUGACCAAUUUUCCUCACACAGAUUUCACCCUUUGCAAGUGCUUACUUCUUGAAUCAGUAGUAGAGAAUGAGACGAUUUCUCAAAUAAAGUACUUAGCUGAUAUUCUGGAGCAGUGUGAUUUUGCACAAUUUUGGAAUAGAGUACAUCAAAUGCCUGAACUCUGUAGCCGCAUUACUGGUUUCCAUGAUUCAAUACGUAAAUUUGUCUGUCAUGUUGUUGGAAUAACUUUCCAGACCAUUGAUAAGGUCAAUUUGUCUAAUCUAUUGGGAGGAAUAGAUGAUGUUACUCUUAAGCACUGGGUAAAAAAGUAUGGUUGGAGGGAUGAUGGCAACCUUAUCUUCAUUGCUAAUCAAGAUGAGAACAUCAAAACCAAGAAUAUAACUGAGAAAAUUGAAUUUGAACACCUGGCACCGCUGAUGGCCAUAUUGUAAUUUGAUAGAUAGGCCAUAAUUUUUUGAUACACAAGUAUGUAUGAAAUAUCAAAUAAACUUAAUUAUUAAAAUCUUCA